AAAAUUAGCGAGAAUGUAAACAAAACAAAUUCAUUUUUGUUGUUCGUUUUGCUACGGAAAUUCGCUUUAACACAAUUUGCUCAUCAGUCACUUUGGUGAAGAAGGUGUACGAAAGGUCUUUGGACUAAUGGGUUCAUGCUUUAUUCGCGUCUUUGCUCUUCUGUGAAUGUCGCAUUCUGAUUGUUUCGAUUCUCGCUUGUAUUUUUACGGUCUUUGUCAUCUGUUGGGUGUUCCUGUGAAUCGCGUGCUCUAACGAUCAUUUGCAAAUAAUCAGACUAUAUUGAUCGGUCGAAAAACAUAAAACGAAGAAGUUCUUAGAGGACUUCCGGGUUCACGGUAAAAUAAAAUUAAGUGUGUUCAGAAGUUUCUUCUGAAUUAGUAACAAUUAUUCAAGCUCUUGUUCAGAUAAACUGAAUUAAAACUUGAGUGCCUACUACUGCACAAUAAAAAUCAAUGAAGAUUCGAUGUAAUGAAAAUGGAAAAUCGACGAUAUUUUAAUCAGGAAGGAAAAGAGGCGAGGAAUUUCUACCAUCUGUCCGACGAUGGUGAGGAGAAGUGUCACAGUGUUAGGAAGCCACCGGUAAAUUUGAGACCACGUUCCAUUCAGAGUGCCUCCCAAAAUAAAUCGGCCAAGUUGGCCCCGAGAGUCCGGUCCGCUUCAACUGGAAGAGAUAAAAAAUCUGAACUUCAAGCUCGAUAUUGGGCUUUUCUGUUUGGGAAUCUGCAAAGAUCGGUGAAUGAAAUAUAUCAAACCGUAGAGUGCUAUGAGAAUCUGCCGUCCUGCCAGGAGGCAAUUUUGGUGCUAGAAAAUUAUAUACGAGACUUCCGUGCGUUAGCCGAGUGGUUCAAGGUUUCCUGGGACUAUGAGGCUACCCCACUGCCACAGCGGCCGCAUUCGUUGGCCUGGGAGGUGCGGAAAAGCAAUCCUGCGCCGCGUGUGCGCAAACCGAUCUCUAGCCCGGGUGUGUCGGGAAAGUCUAGUCCCAGUUUUUCCGGUAAAAACAGUCCCAGCCACGCCCUGGAGGAAAUGAACAAGUGCUCUCCGAAGAAACACUUCAGCUCGACGGAAAGUCUCAGCACAACCAAGAAACCAUGUAUCGGCAAAAUGAGCGUUCUAAAGCAAACGACUGCUGCAGCGGUCGAGAAUAGUGGUCCUGAUGGGACGCCGCAGAACCCAGUCAAAAGCUUACCUGGCGAGGGUGACACUUCGAUUACGUCAAUUAUGGAUAAUUAUGUGCUAAAACUGGAUCAAUAUACUCAAACAAAUUUAGAAGAUGAAAACCUAACAUUGGCGGAAUAUAUGGAAAAAUAUUGUAACGUCGAAGAUACAGACAAACAAGAUCAAUUUGUGGAUGCUAAAACUGACACGGGUACAGAAUCUCAAAAACUUCAACCGGAAGUAAAAGAUGUGGAAUCUUCGAGAGACCCGGAAGAUAAAAAAUUGGUAGAUGAAACGAAAACGGAGAAGUUAGAAAUAAAUGUCAAAAAAACAAUUCCCGUGACGAAAUACGCGGCCGUUGUUAACAGCACAGUGAAACCAGUUACACGCCCUGUUACACAGAAUAAAACUGUCUUACCGACGAGAGCAUUGCCACCGAAGGUGCUGAAAUCGUCUCAGAGUUCGGGUAAUGUGAGAAAAUCUGCAACACUUUCCAGCUUGGCCCAGAGUCAAACGAAAACUAUUUCACUUCCUGCCAAGAGUGCUACUGUUUCGAAUCUCCAUUCUGUUGGAGCUAAGCCAGGUGUUCGGCCAGUCACCGGUGCGGCAAGAAAUAGAACGAUAGCUUUCCAUCCACAUGGUACCUCAUCGAGAUUAUCGGCGAGAUCCAAAACCAUGAUUGAGAUUAACAAUCGAAGGAAUGAGGUUAAAGCUACUCCCCCGACAUCACGGUUGUCAUUUUCCCGUAAAACCUCCCGAGAUGAUAUAGACAGUUCCACCUCAACACUGAAAGCCAGCACAGAUCGACUGGGCUCGAGAAGCUCGAUCAAUGAACCAUCUAAAAAUCGUAUUCAAAAUGGUCCCGUCGGCAAUCGUCGAUCGGAGCCGAAGUGUCUCCCAUCGGAGUCAGCUAGUAGCAAUGACGGCUGGUACACAGUCAAAACGAAGCGACGAUCUAGCCUUCAUUGGGCAACACGUUUCAAUCAACCGAGCGGAUAUGCCAGUUUACCGUCACUUGCUCUGCUAGAUGAGAAUGCCAACACCGAGGAGAGCGAUAAGAAAGAAUCGUGUGAGAACAUAAAUAAAGAACCUCAAACUCAACAAAAACUAUCUAAACAACAAGUUGCCGUUCCGAAGUUGGAAACAAAACCCAAGGCAGCACCUGUCAAUAGUAAAUCGAAAACUUCGGCUAUAAAAACUGCUCCCGCGACUAUUCCAAAGCGGCCUACCACCGCCCCAGCAGCUACGAAAAAAACCAACCCGAAUGGAACCGCACAAAUGCAACCAAUCAAAACGAUGACCAACGGACCGGCAGUCUCACGACAAAAGUCCGAUCUUACCGGGUUGAAGCUGAAAACACUUCACAAAGAAUUCCUACGCAACGAAAAACUAAAACUGAAACCAACUUCGGAACCUAGCAAAGAGGAUUCAACUUGCGAAGUACCUCCACCGCAAGAAGAAUUGGGUUCACAGCUUAACAAAGUUGAUAUGAACAUCCAGACAAAUUUGGUGUCUUCGACAAUUCAAAGUUUGUAUGUCACGUGCUUGGGCUCAACGGGGGAAGACGGCUGUGGCGAUGGUGCUGCUAUUUUAAGCAAACACGUGCCUCGAUCCGAUAUCAAUUUGUCCAGUUGCGACGAACUGGAAGAACGAGAAGAUAUGGAAAGCGAUGAAGAUCAACGGAAGUUGUUAGAGGAACAGGAACGGCUGGAAGCUCAAAUUCGUGAACUACAAAAUACCGAAAUCGACGUUGAUACCGAAACGGACGAAACGGAUUGUGAGGCCAUCAUCGAUCUGGAGGACAACGAAAGUAGUGCGGAGAAUUUGGAAAUAGUUAACGUCAACGGUUUGGUCGAUGAGGAGGAAAUGACUUUGGAAAUGCGAUACGAAUCUGUGCUUGCAGAAAUGUCAUGGGUAGAAAGAGUUCAAACUUUGGCCACCUUGCAGGCCCUGGUGGCUCGUCAUCCCGGUAGGGCUCAACAAUUACACGCAAAGCUUUCUAGCCCUUCCCGGCGUAGGUCAUUGCAUGAAACGCUCAAGAAAUAUCAAGCCAAGCAAACUCGUGCGCUGGAGAAACGACAGGCGCUGCAGAAAGAGAAGGCACUGAAAAUUCAACAGCUGCUGGCCAGAGUUGAAGAUGUUAAAACCGCCAAACAGCAACUGAUUGAGAAAAAGCGCAUGCGUAUGGAAGAACGGUUACAGCGGGCCGCAGAAAACCGGAACCAAUAUCUGAAGGACAAAGUGAAAAAAGCUCACGACGAAGAGGAAAAGCUAAAGGAAAUAGCCUUCAUUAAAAUCUUGGAAGCACAAAACAAACGGCUAGAUUUUAUUGAAUCGUGCAAGGAACAGGAAGGUAGAUUACAGGAAUUGGAAACUGAAAGGCAGAAAAGGGCAGAGGAAAAGGCUGCCAAGGAGGCAGCAGUCGAACGAAGAAGACAAGAAAUCGAACAAGAGCGUCAAAAGAAGCUACAGAUCAUUAGCGAAAACCGCCGCGAAAGAGAGAAGCGUGUCGGAAAGAUGCAGGAGCAAAAGGAAAAACAGCGACAAGCUUUGGCAAGAGAAAAGGCUCGCGACAGGGAAGAACGGUUGCUCGCUCUACAGGCUCAACAGCAAGCAACAACGGAGGAACUGCAGCGAAAGAUAAUUCAGAAGCAACAAGAGUCGGCUCGAAGACACGAGGAAAAUAUCGAACACAUUCGGCAACGGGCCGCUGAGCUAACUAUUCCAAUUCGCAAUGCUGACGAGAUCAAUUCAACUAAACAAGAGCAAGAAAAUGACGACAAUCUUAGUGUCAGUGACAAAGGUAAAGAUAAUGGUAAUGCGAAGGCUAACAAAAAACGCUUGAAAAAGCUGCGACAGCGAAUGGCUCAAGAAGCCGAAGACUAUCUGGCAGAAAUGCAACCGUUGACCCCACAAAUUCGCAAACAAAGUCAAGUUCCGAAGCUCCUAAGCACCAUUGUCAGAGGUGGCGGUCCACUGGGAGUUGAACGUCCAUUGGGGCAGCUGUUGCGGUUGAUGGCCAAGGCAGAAGUGGUAGAUUUUCAGUCGAUGUGGUUGCUGGAUGGAUUGAAAACUAUUUCUGAUUUGGUGCAGAUGGGCAUGGAACCAAACUCGGAGGUUUCGAAGCGUGCGGUUGUCAUAUCGGUCCAAUUGUAUCGAAAUGCAUGCUCUUUAUGUCCGCAAAUAUCCCGUCACGCUAUUCUGGGCAACACCAUAACAGUAUUAUUAGAUGCACUGCAGAUCAGUUUGAAGACGCCGGAGGAGAAGAGUCCUCUCUAUCCGGUCGAGCUCUCCACCGAGUUGAUACUUGCCUGCACCGUGGCUCUAUCACCGACCAACUCUCUCAAGCAGACACACCCAAAGGUUGUGGAACGCCUUCCGGAUCUCAUAAGUUAUACCGUAUGCUUAGGACUGAUAGAUACUUUAGUUAAAAAAUUCAACACAAUACGAGAAUCAGUGGAAAAUCAGCAAAGUUUGGUGCUCUCCUUGCUGGCAUCACUCGGUCUGCUGACGAAGCUGGCGGAACUCUGUCCGAGGGGUCCUGACGUUACCAAAUUUCUACUAACGGUCAAAACGACGGAGCUUUUCGGAACGAUCUCGCUGCUAUACGCCACCAUCGUGCCUAUCGGUGAAUGUAUUCCACCGAGAACAAUUUCACUGGCGGCAGCUACCUUUAAUCUUCUGGUAACACUCGCCAAUCUGGACAUUUCCACGUUUCAGGACGUUUUAUCGGAUGAGAAUCUUUCGUUCAAGUUUCUGGACGUGGUGAGCAUCUUGUUGCAGUACUGCGUUCCCAAAUCGGAGGAAAAAGGCGAAACCCAAGCUGUGAUAAUCGACUUAAUAGCCACUCUAGGUUUCUUCUGUGCCAAUAAUAGAGUUAAUCAGGAUCUGCUUACAUCGGACCAAUUGUCAGUGAUAAUCAAAAGCUUGACCAAGCUACCGAAACAGUUCGAUAUGGUCAUCUAUCCGACGCUAGUCACCGUCACCUACGAGAAUUCCGAUGCCAAAGCCGUGCUAAGCAAAGAUUUCGAUGUUGCGUCACUGGAGGAGUACAGCAAGUCGGACUUGGCGAAGAAGAACAGAAUCGUGUCAUUGCUGGCGAAGGCGGAGUAGUUUCAGUUUGUUUGCCUUUUCCUCUGCCCUCGACAGCAUGGCAAGCACUAUAACGUAUCCUGCCCUGCCAGACUGGACCGCGAUGGACCCGGUCAACCGCAGCCGCAAACCGCAGAUAACCGCCAGAAGCAAUAAAUACUGAGAAUAAGGUGGAAUCAAUAAAAUUGCGACAUAAAAGCGCAGUGAUUAAAGUCAGCAAUAAUGUCGUCUUUUGGCAGGAGGAUUCGUGCGCCACAACAGGCCUUCGCACCAGAGAUUGUAUCGAUCUUGGCGUUGCACAAAAUUUAUUGACGCCUAAUGAGUUGAGUUUCUUUGCGGGACGCGGGCUGAUGCGCUGCUUAAUUGUCCGAAGAAUUGUGUGUGUGUGUUUUUUUUUGUAUUUUUUUAGUUCGUUUGAUCAAUACUAAUGGUUGGUGGACAUUAACUCCUUCGAGCUGUUUGUUUUGAGCAAAAGCUGUCGUGAAAUUUGCACUUGACGAUGAUUAAUGUUCGUAAGCUUUUUAGCAGGUGCUGCAGCAUCAUGCGCUUGCGACUUGAUAGUUCAAUUUCACGCCGUGCACCUUGUCAUCAUGAUGUAUGCAUUCAUUAUAGUUGGCGCUACUGUGAAAUAGAAUUUUUGUGUACUAUAUAGAAUAAUCUUGUACUCCAAUAACUUGGUACGAUGGGGGACAGGUAAGGUUUGAUGGGUAAGCACAAUGCCGUUCACGCAAUCUAUCUGUGUCCGCAGAAAUAUGUUCGAUAUACAUCGGACAAAACUGUGCCUUUAGAAAGCACUAAUCAGACCGUUGUUUGACAUGAGCACUAUAGACGCCAAACUGAACUGACUCAGCGUCAUAAGAUAUUUAAGCUGUCCGGUUAAUCCUCGUGUCCGGUUUAGCCUCGGUCUCCCCUACGUAUUUGUAAUACUACCGUGACUGACUUACAGUGACGUACUCAGUGAAAAUAAAAAGUGACAGAUGAACGAAUCGUUUGUACUGGAAUUUAAAUAUUCAUAGUGAUUCUCUGAAAUUUGUAUGGUAUUGUUGAGAGGAAAACGAAAAAAAUACAGUUUGGUUUAUAUAAAGAUGGAUCUACCGGUUUAAAGUAAGUGUUUUUUGUCGUGAAUACCACUUACUUGACUAUGGGGUGCCUUUUCAAAAUUUAACAUGUAUAAAAAAUGGGUCUAGUCGUGAAUAUCUCUAGGUAUGUAGCAACAUAAGUUUAAAUUUUCUAAAUUUUUCGGUAUGUGUACUUGGUAUGUGUACUUGGUAUGUGUGCCAAACUAAGGUGCGCAAAAUUUCAACCACCUGAGUUGAACGAAUCUUCGCUCAAAGUGUCUCGGGCAAAACUGACAAAUAGAAAUACGAUUGAGCGCAGUGGGCUCACUACACGUUUGGUUCGCUAGUAAAAUGGACACUAACUAUAGAUGGUUAUGAUUCAUGAGUAUUUAUAAUUAACUAAUAUGAGGGAGACAUGUUUGUGCAUGUUGUUUAAGAUGGCCAAUUUAGUCAUAAAAUUUAUAACCAACAUGCUCUCAUAAUUGAUUCUCCUUCCUAUAGCGAAAUUAUUCCUUCUUUGUUACAGAUCAAAAUCUUUGGCAUGAGCUGUGUACCACUUAUUCAUAAGCGAGAUAUGUGAAUGCUGAGUGUGAUGUGCUUGUUGUUGUUGACCAUGGUGGUCAUAUACCAUACGACUCAGUUCGUCGAGUACGAAAAAUGUCUGUGUGUAUGUAAUGUUUAUUUGAACUAACUUUUCUCGGAGAUAGCUGAACCGAUUUUCUCAACUUACUUUCAAAGGAAGGUUUUGUGAAUUUUAGAAAGGCGCCCAUAGUAAAGCAAGACGUAUUCACGUAAAAUAAAAGUGAUAAAUAUUUCGAUUUACGUUUUUGGAUCGUGCUGUGUUUUUAUAAAAUCAACGAAAAAAAUUUUCGAUGGUAUCCUGUGUCAAAUGUCAAAUUUGGUUCCUCUCCAUCAGGUUGAUAAAAUUCACGUUGUUUUAUAUGAAUAUGAACCUAUCAGAGCAAAUUGAACUCGUUUGUGUACACCAAUACCACAUGAGUAUUGGUAACUCCUUAUCAAGUCAACCGAUUUCAAACAAACGUGACACAUAUACUGCUUGGACUUCAAAAGUAGUCAUAAAGGUAUUUUCAUGUGGGGACAAGGAGUGGCGAGCAGGAGGAUCUUAGGGGAAAUUGAUCGAAUUUGACAAGAAUUGAAUCUUCCUGACGAGUACAGAUAAACUAUUCUUAUAUCAGAGAAGGUUCCAUGAGUAUUUUCAGGGAAAAUAUGUAGCAACUGUACCUAACA